AUUUUAUUUAGCACGUGAUCGAAAGUGGACCGCAAGUCUGGGCCUCCGCGUUUCAGCCUCACCUCACCGGUUUGGUUUUCAAUUUUCAACAGGCCCAACGUCCGUCGCUCUCUUUUUCUCUCCAUCUUCCUCCUCUCGUUCUGUUCUCUCUACCUGAGGACUGCGUCCUAUUUCUCCGUCCUCGCUCGUUCUCUCUGAAUGCCAAAAGUCUCCCUCUCUUCCAGGAUUCCAAACACAAUUGCCCCGCCUCUUCUUUUCUCCAUUAUCGCCGCUUCCGCCAAGGCAUCCAUCCAUUAACUACAUUACGUAGCCCUCCUACAAGACACGCUCCACGGGCUGCGCCACACUCGGGCAACCAGAGACUUUCAACGCAAGCUCUCUAGUUCAUCGGAUCUUGAUCAGCAAGUUUUUGCGGCAAAAUCGAAAACCCGGAACAAGCCCCAUGUGAUUCCGCACCUUGACAGAAAGAGACCGAUCGAUCCUGCUCCCGGGUUCGCCGAGACCUGUCGGACGCGAAGUCCUUUUCCCUCUUUUUUAUUUACUCUGUAGAAGGGAACAAAAAUACAAUAAGAAUCGAUAACAAGGGCAAGCAACUUGCACGACACAGUUUUGUUCUGGGAACAUAGAACUCAUAAUCACACAUUAUAGACAGUUUUACACAGUCGCGCGGGACUCCCGGAUGCUGGAUUUUUUAUGACAACAUAGAAAUAAUAUUAUUACAUCCAUAAGCUCGCUUUGAGACAAGAAUAAAUCGAUCUAGUCAAGGCCUUGGAUUCGGUACUCCCUCCUCAGCCUGCGCGUUUGCAAGGAUAACGUUACACCCCGUUAAACCACCAGUCAUCAUUGGUCCCACCUCAGCACUUUUGGCUUUUCUCUACAGCGCUACUUUCUGCGAUUUUCGUGGCUGCCCCACUGGGCAGGCGGCGCCUGUGGCUGCUCUCCUUGGCCCCCUCUGACCGCAUCUCUUGAAUAUCUGUAUUCCGCCUCUUUUCUCCUGUUGACAUCGAACUUGUUCAGCCCUGGGAAAACAAAUAUUCACAUCCCGUUAUCAUUUUCAUUUCACCUUUUUUCGGGGCUUCAGUUUUUGUCCUCUUGGCGGGCUUUGCCAUAUUUAUCUCGUAUUUUCUUUGCUGUUCUCGAUCCAAAGGGUGCUGAGAGGAACGCUUUUAUUGAUCGACAAGUCGUUCUGACCAUCUUUGGCACGGCCUUUGAGUCGUAGCGCCCGAUUCCUCUCGAUAUGCGAUUUUUCGGUGGACUGGUUCCAUUGUUAACCAGUGUCCUAGCAAUUCUUGUUUCUAAUGUUGAUGCACGCUCCGAAAAACGAGAUCACAUCGCCUAUAUUUCCUUAGUCGAACAACCUGUUAUCCAUACCCCAUCCCAUCGAGUAAAUGCACUGUCACAUUUUGAUAUUACUUUCGAACUCCAUAAGAGACAACAGCGGUUAAAGCUUAGCUUGGAACCUAAUCAUGAUAUACUUCCCGACGGCGCACAGGUGCAUUUCGUUGACCAAGCUGGAAAUGUUGAGAGAUCAGAAUUCAUAAAGCGACGAGAUCACAAGGUAUUCAGAGGCUGGUCCUGGAUUCAAGUUGGAGAUGGAAACUGGGAGCGGGUGGGUUGGGCCCGUGUGACUAUCAAACAAGAUGGACCCAACCCUCUUUUUGAAGGGGCGUUUACGGUCAAUCACGACCACCAUAAUAUUCUACUGAGAUCAAGUUAUACCCAAUCAAAACACGUGCUCGACAAGAAUGUGGACGACACUACCGCGGAAUAUAUGAUAGUCUUCCGGGACUCUGAUAUGGGCCAUCUAAUGGAAGAUGAUGAUGUUACUAAACGAUCUUCGGUCGAAGUUCGUUCCUGUCAAGCUGAUGAUCUACCGUUUAACUCGAACCCUGAGCACCCCAUUUUCCGCGGAGCUGCCGAGCAGGACACCAGCCCCUGGAGUCCCAUGUCAUUGGACUAUAUCUUCGGCUUGAAUCGACGACAAUUCGACGUGCCAGGAGAAGGUGGGAAUGCUGGCGGGGUGAAUUUGGUAUCAAGUAUUGGAAGCACUGCAGGCUGUCCAUCCACAAGGAAGGUUGCUUUGAUUGGGGUGGCGGCUGAUUGUUCUUACAUUCAGUCCUUCGAUUCACAGAACCAGGAAGCGAGAGAAAACAUUAUAACUGUCGUCAAUUCUGCAUCCCAACUCUAUGAGGACACCUUCAACAUCUCCCUCGGCCUGAAAAAUCUGACUGUUGUCCCAGCAGAGUGUCCUGCCACUCCUCCAGCUACAUCCGCAUGGAAUGCCGCCUGCGGUGAUGGCAGCAAUGGUCAUACCCUUAGUCAACGGCUCAACCUGUUCUCGGCUUGGCGUGGGCGGCAACACGACGACCUUGCCUUUUGGACCCUUAUGACCAACUGUAGGACUAGCGCCGAAGUUGGGCUUGCUUGGCUCGGGCAGUUGUGCAACAGUGAAGUCCGUGGUAAUCCGGAUCCGGGUAACAGCUCGUCGCAAGUUGUAACAGGAGCUAAUGUGGUCGCCCGCACAACAAACGAGUGGCAAGUAUUCGCUCAUGAAGUUGGACACACUUUUGGAGCUGUCCAUGAUUGCGAUGCGUCUCUAUGCGCGCAGUCGCAAUCACUUACUUCUCAAUGCUGCCCUUUGUCCCGAAAUUCCUGUGACGCAAAUGAAAGAUUCAUCAUGAAUCCCACCUCCCGCCGGGGUAUCACGCAAUUCUCAUCUUGUACCGUCGGAAAUAUUUGCUCGAGCAUGGGGCGAAAUAGCGUGCGGUCAGAUUGUCUCGUGAAUAACCGUGGCGUGGUGACAAUCUCGGGAAGCCAGUGCGGCAAUGGGAUCGUGGAAGAAGGUGAGGACUGUGAUUGCGGUGGAGAAGCUUCAUGCAAAGACAACCCUUGCUGUGAUGCCCAAACAUGCAAAUUCAAAGACGGUGCGGUCUGUGACGAUUCAAACGAGGACUGUUGCAAUAAUUGCCAGUUCCAAUCCAGUGACACUGUUUGCCGGCCUAGCACUGGCCCUUGUGAUCCGGAGGAAAAGUGUACCGGCAAUUCGGGGAAUUGCCCUGCAGAUGAAAGCGCGCCUAAUGGCAAGGAUUGUGGGAAUGGUCUUGCCUGUGCUAGCGGACAAUGCACGAGCAGAGAUCAUCAAUGCCGAACCUUGAUGGGUAGUCUUCUCGACGGGAACGACACAUUUGCCUGCGACGACCAGACAUGUAUCUUAGCGUGUUCUUCUCCAUCACUUCCCCGUAACACCUGCUCAUCACUCAGGCAGAACUUCCUUGACGGAACGCCCUGUGCCUCUGGUGGACGGUGUAAAAACGGUGUCUGCGAGGGUUCUACGUUCAGGUCUUGGAUCGAUAACAAUAGGACCCUCGUUAUCGGUCUUGCAGCCGGCCUUGGCGGCCUGAUCCUCCUCUCCAUAUUCAGCUGCAUAAUAGGACGAUGUCGACGACCUCGACACCGGAAGGCUAUGGCCCCGAUGACCCAGGGCGCUGUGUUUUCUCCGCCGCCACGAGGGAUCCCAGGAUUCAGGCAGCCCAAACCGGUAGAUCCUUUCAUGCCAUACCCCCCACAAAGAGGCCCGGGCCCGGGGGGUCCAGGUGUUCCCCCUAUCGAACCACCGUUUCCACCACCAGCAUACGGAAGCACAGCAGCGGCCCGUGGAAGGAUGCCGUCAGUUCGAUAUGCAUAACGGCCACUAGAUUUUUGUUUAAAUUUCUGUAUUAGCCUAAUUUCUUUGCGGGGUGUAUGGCGUUUUCCCCACUUGUUCAUUUGUACCGGUGUCGCCCUUGCAUUUCCUGAUGUUCUUAUCAUGUUCAAUUUUUUUUUUCUUUUUUUUUUCCUUUUCUCACAAUCCGGCAAAUGCAUAUUUUUGCUUUUCUCACAUUUUUGUAAUUUUGUUAGUUUGUCCUUUCUGGCGGCUGCUGCAACUUACCAUUUACGUCCUGUCUGCUAUUUCACCACUCAUAUAGGUACAUACACACCCACAUCCCUGACUUGCAUAUGGUUUCCAUCUUUUUGCCCCUUUCUUUUGCCAAACCCCGUUUUAUGUUCCCACGGGCGGUUGGUAUGAAUAUUGAUUCAGUCUCACAUAUAUAUCAUUGUAAUGUACACAUAUAUUGAUUCAGAGUUAUACAUUGAAUGAUUCCAGUUUUUUUUUUUUUUUUUUCGUUGCUAUUUUUGUUUGUUUUCCAGGUCCUCAGUCUUCUUUUUUUCUUCUUUUUUUCUUUUUCUUUUUCUUUUCUUUUUCUUUUUCUUUUCUUUUCUGGAAAUCAUUGGCUUUGAUUUUGGGACCAAUACCCAUUGUUGGGGUUUUUGUACGGAGUAUUGUGAAUCCAG